AUGACGAAGCACACAAGUGCUUCGCGUAAUUUCGGCGCCAAUGAUCUCUCUCUUACUGCACAUGAAUUUCGAUCAGGCAUUAAUGUACAGCAGAGUCAACGAUCUCAGCAAACUCACUACAGUAAGAAAAGAAGGACUGAUGAAUCUGCUUCCUAUUCUUCGAAAAAUUCGUUGCUGACUAUGCCUUCUCAUGUUGGUAUGAUGCCACCGAUGCUCCAAGCGGCAACCUAUUUUAAUCAGAAUAUUUUAAAUCAUUUGAGCAACGGUACUCGAUCCACGAAUUUCACGCAACCAACAACGUUUGCGAACCUAUCGCGUGGUAAUGGAGUCUGUGGGCUGCCGGCUCAACCCAACAGCUUUGACGUUGUAUCGAUGAAUUCUUCCUCGAAUGACUCCAUUAAUGCUGCCGCCUUGAUGAAUACUGCAAUCGCGACCACGAAAACUCUGUCGACAAAUACAGCUAGCAAGGUUUCUGCUACCUCAACUUUAAAAGCUAAUUCUCGUGCUGUCGGGAGCGAAGGUGACUACAACAUUGUUGUUGGUGAGGUUCUUCGCUCAAUGUCGGAAAGUUAUGAAGUACUUUCGUUUCUUGGUCGUGGCACUUUCGGACAGGUUGUAAAGUGUCAAUGCCGAACAUCCAACAGAGUUGUGGCGAUCAAGAUCUUGAAAAAUCAUCCUUCGUAUCUGCGUCAGGGCAACGUAGAGAUCCAAAUCCUCCAAACCCUAAGCCAACAAGACACAGAGUCUUACAAUAUUGUUCGUGCAAUCGAAUGCUUCCAGCACAGGAAUCACAUGUGCUUGGUGUUUGAGCUCCUAGAACAGAAUCUGUACGAGUUUCUUAAGUCGAACAAGUUCCGUCCGCUUGCUCUACGUGAGAUUCGCCCUAUCGCCCAACAGGUUCUGACAGCUCUUUCGAAACUGAAGACUCUAGGUCUGAUUCAUGCUGAUUUAAAGCCCGAGAACAUAAUGCUAGUCUGCCCCACCGACGGUGUCAUGCGGUAUCGUGUAAAGGUCAUUGACUUUGGUUCUGCCUGUCACAGUUCUAAGGCCAUCCAGAACACAUACCUCCAGUCUCGCUACUAUCGGGCUCCUGAAAUACUUCUUGGACUACCUUUCAACGAAGCGAUUGACAUGUGGUCUCUUGGAUGUGUCGUUGCAGAGCUGUUUCUCGGUUGGCCACUAUAUCCCGGGUCUUCAGAGUAUGAUCAGAUUCGUUACAUCGUGGAGACGCAAGGCAUGCCCCCUCGUGAUCUCUUAAAGAUGGCUGGCAAGGGAAGUCGAUUUUUCGUGCGUGACACAUACACUUACGAGUGGCGCCUCAAGACACAGGAAGAGUAUGCUUUGGAAACUGGACAACAUGCUAAGGAAGCUCGAAAGUACAUAUUCAGCUCUCUCGACCAGAUCCGUGAGGUUUCGCUGACAACCUCAGGUGGGAAGGUAGUUGGUGGUUCUUCCAGCCCCGAAGAUUUUGAUGCCGAUAUCGAGAUGGAAGAUCGGUUCCACUUUGCUCAACUCCUGGCUCAAAUGCUCAAAUUACGUCCCUCUGAACGCAUCCUGCCCGACAACGCCUUGGCCCAUUCCUUCAUUACAAUGACCUAUCUACAAGCAUAUCCAUUUAGGAAAAGGUAUGCUUCAACCGAUUUCGAGUCAAAUACCUUUCGGCAUGCCAUUGUUGAUGUCUCGGAUUCUCUGCCCUGUUUACGUCGGAUCCGGAAACGGCGUAGAGUGGCGUCUUUCGCGGCGUGUUUUAGGACACACGAAUCGGUGGCCCUCAUGCGCGUUUGUAGUGAGGCCUGCCGUCGUCAGCGCAGCCUUGAACUUUCUGCGACUGCCGUUCAUCAACAAACGCAGCAACGCGCCCAAGCACGUCUAGAUGAGGCUGUUGCCGCUCAACAGGCCGCGGCCGCAGCUGCCAUUGCAGCUCAUCAGCGUCUCCUGUCUUUUGGAGGUUAUUUGCCACCACCACCACCGCCACCACCACCCCCAGCGGCUGCAACUGACCCAGCUCUUAUUGAGCAGCAACCGCCGCCACCCGCUUACUACGUCCCGUCCCAGCAACCCCCAUCCCCCGCGUACUAUCAGCAGCAGCGUGCAUUACGCCCCCAGCCACCGCCACCCAAUUGUCAUGCCUCCAGCUUUUACGAUCACCUGAUUGCCGCUGCCUCUCCCUACACCGGCCAGCCUCCACAGCCCCCGCCCCAAGCGGCUCAGCCCCAGCAAAGCGCCGCCACUGCCGCUGCUGCUGCGCUCAUGAUGCAGUCCGCCAUGAUGGCAGCGAAUGUUGCCUCUCCGCCGAGGCCCCUGCCACAGUCCGGAAGUAGUGAUCAGGCCAUGAAUGCCGCAGCCUUGGCCGCGGCUGCUGCUUUAGCUGCCAGUCAAUACACAGCAAAGUCAGGACUUGGAGACAGAUACGUUCUACCCCCGGGCCACCAAACACAGCACUUGCCCGGCGUCGACUACUCGGCAGGGAUAAAUCAGACAAGUAUUGAAUACUUGAUGAAUCAGGUUUCUGGAGUCGUGUCUGAAUGUUCGGGUGGCGCGGCCAACGCUGCAACGAUGCAACGCCGUCACUUCCCGACUGCUCUGCAUCGACCCGAUGAGGUGGCUGUCCUGAUGCCUCCGCCUCAGCCCGUCCCUUACACCACCACAAACGGCCCUCAGCAUCUUCCUCACCACCUAGCUGCUGCCGCUGCUGCUGCUGCUGUCCCUCUGAUUACUCCUCAACAGCAGCAUCAGUCGACCGUGAAUAACGCCGCAGCCGCUGUGGCCGCAGUCUCGUCUUUGGCAGCUCUUCGCCAACUCAUGAUGAAACACACCAUGCCAACUAACCUCGUUGUUGCUAACCAACUCCUUCUGCAAAGCCUUCAGGAGCAUCAUCAACGAGGGGUUGCCUUUUGUGCCAGCCAAGAGAUUCAGCCCUCGGGUGAGUUAGUCCAACUUGGCAAUCAGGAGGACUCGGCGAACUGCCAGGUGUACUAUGGAAAUCAGCUGCCUCAACAUCAAUCUCACCAUCAGUGCAGCGAUUAUCAACAACAAGAGCAGCAUCAAGAGCAAUUUAUUCUGGAUAACAUUAAGAAUUCACCCCAAGUGUCUCCUUCCCCGACUCCUCACCCAACACUGACUCCGUCGAUUUUACACCAGAGCGGGACAACUAUUUCCGUGAGUGAUGGCGAUGGUGAAAUUGACGUGGGCGUCAACGAACUCCCUGAAAACGUUGCGGCGGCUGUAAAUCUCUCUCACUGCCACCAACAGCGUCGUCGUCGCUUACCGUCUUCCUGUUCAUCACCCCGAGAUGUUGAGAAGACCUCUGCUGCGUUCAGCCGGCACGCCAGCGUGGAGGGAGGCCCCAUUGCCAGUGCACUCCGGUCACCCUCGCCACCCGACGUUGAGGAAAAUAUUGAAAUGCCCGUCCUCACACGCCUCUCACCCUCCGUUCAUACUGACUACGAAGGUACCCCUUCUCCUUCCCCGGUUUACUAUCCACUUGGAGACAAAACUAUUUGCCUGGACUCGGGGGAAAUAUCAGAGCCCUCAGGGCCAACGGAAUCGCCGGGUGUUAAUAGCAGUACAAUUUCCUUAUCUGCACCAACAACUACUGAAUGCUCCAUCUCUUUGCUAAACAACGAAUCGGUGUUGGUUGACGUAAAGACACUGGACAAGGCAGCCGCAGAAGUUGCAGCAGCUGUCAAGACUCAAACUUCGGGCAGCCAUAACGCAAAUUUUCACUUCGAAGAACAUACCUCUGAUCACCAAAGUAAUUUCAAUCAAGCACCUACCUCAAUGCUUUUUCGCCCUGAUAAAAAGAUUCCCAUAGGUCGUGUACAACCAAUGAAAAAGGAGGAGUGUGGUGGUGGAAUUGCCUACGCCCAUCCUCACACUGCUAAUCAGUGUUGCACGGCGUCUCAGUGUCACCACCAUCAACAACUCUCCGCCAUUCCGUCGAGCUCCACUUCGUCCGCCUGCUGCUCCACCACCAUCUUCACGUCUGACAACGCGGCUGCUCUGCUCUUGAAUGGGGGAGCUCAACUACCGCCAUCGCAACCUCAGUCUGCUCUUUUUCCAGUUCAUCAUCGUCACCACCUUCCCAACCAGCAGCAAUUGGCCACUGCAGAGGCCUACCGCAACUUCUUCCUUUUGCAACAGCAGAUAAAUCUGUCUGCUGCAGCCGCCGCUCACCUAUUUACCGCGUCUUCUAACCAGGUGUCUGCGGCAGUGCCUCUUGCCGACGCUUCGGCGAACGCCGGAAACGCUACCGUCGCUGGAACUAGUGGGCGUUCUCUGGAGCAACUCACGGCGCAAUUUAUGGUGGCAGCUGCUGCGGCGGCUAGGAGCAAUGGUGGACCUCGCUACCUCUAA